AUGACCCGCUCAGGCUUCAUCACUCUAGUUGAAGAGGAUCGGCAGGCAAACAGUAUCAUCAUGACCGCAUGGUCAUAUCCAUUGAGGACUGAGGAUUAUCGCAUCAGCCUAGUGCCUCCAAUCGGCGACCAAGCGCGGUUUAAUAGGCUUCUAGAGGACUUGGACCGCGUCCAGGGUCAGCCUUUCCUUUCUUCAUGCCAUACCAUACCACCCUUCAAGGCUGGCGAGAAGGGUUCCGACCCUGCCAUACCAGCCCUCGAGAAGGAGAGGGCAGCCAUUCUGAUUUCUACCAGGAUCCUGAUCCCAGUCCUAGUCUUAGUCCUGGGUUCAGGUUCAGGUUCAGGCCCAUUCCUCGAGGCUCAAAGAAAAGCGCAGCGCGUCUCCCACGCGUCUGACACGCGUGGCCACGCGCGUGGGAGACGCGGGUCGCGCCGACCAAUCAGCGACAACCGUCAGUUGGGACCUUUCCUAUUUGGGAUAUAUCUGCAGAGCCACGUGCGUCAGAACAUUACUCUGCACGCAUGA